AUGUCUUAUUCUGGCUACGGCUCUAGUGCUGCUACAUGGCAGGAGAGAUUGGAAGAGAAGUGCCGUGAAGCUCAGAUACAUCCACCGGUAUUCCAGAUCAUGUCUGACAGACGAGGUGGACGAACCGCAUGGUCAAGCACCGUCACGGUGCAAGGACAAAACAUCCCCGCUCGAUUCUGGUACGAUGGACAACACGUCAACAAUGCGAAGGAGGAUGCUGCAGAAGUGGCCUUGAAGCACCUCAAUGGAUCGACCCCAAGUUCUCCUUCCCAGAGUCGAACUGGCUGGUAG